UCAUUCCACUCUUUCUUCCUUCAUCAUGGAGUCCUGUAGCUCAUCCUUCCACGUAGCAUUCCUUGCUGUUCCGUUCGGCUCUCACGCAUCAGUCCUCUUCUCCCUUGCUCGCCACCUCGCCACAUCACUCCCCUCAGGCACCUUCUCCUUCUUUAGCACAGCUCGGUCCAACUCCGGCCUGGUCCGAUACAACAAUCUCUGGCCAACCAAUCUCAGGUCUUACGAUGUUCAUGAUGGCUUGCCGGAUGGGGCCCUGCAGUUAUCGCCGUUGGAGGAGAUUGACCUUUUCUUAGGUCUGGUACCGGGGAACUUUUCCGAGAGGAUGAUGGCGGUGGAGGAGGAGAGUGGGAGGAUCACCUGUGUUGUUAGUGAUGGUUUCUGGGGUUUUGCGGGUGAUCUAGCAGUGGAGAGAGGGGCGUUGUGGGUCUCAUAUUGGAAUAGCGCUCCCACGGCUCUACUGGCCCAUCUGUGCACUGAUUUACUGCGACAGAGUGCCGGAACUGAAGGUGAUCGUGCUAGAGCCCAAGAAGCUUUGGAUAGCAUCCCCGGUUUUUCAUCUUUGUGUAUUGAAGACUUACCAGAAGGCAUUGUCCUCAGUGACACUACAUCAUCCUUGGCCCUCCAACUCCAUCACAUGUCUCAAAUGAUCACGAAUGCAGCAGCAGUGGUGCUAAACAGUUUUGAAGGACUUGACCCAACACUAGACACACAAUUCCAAACCAAAUUCAAAAGAUGUCACAACAUAAUGCCUUUCAGUCUCUUGUCCUCAAAAUUGUCAGAAGUUAAUGAUAAACAUUGUUGUUUGGCAUGGUUGGACAGUCAGGUGGCAGGCUCAGUGGUGUACAUUAGCUUUGGGUCAUCAGCAUUGCCUCCUAAAGAAGAGUUGGUAGAGAUUGCAGAAGGUUUGCAGGCUAGUGGAACUCCUUUCUUGUGGUCAUUGAAGGAGAUUGCAUGGGGGCAUUUGCCUGAUGACUUUUUGGACUAUGUUGCAAGUAGAGGAUUGAUUGUGCCGUGGGCUCCUCAACCUCAGGUAUUGGAGCACUCAGCUGUGGGAGCAUUCUUAACACACAGUGGUUGGAACUCUGUUUUGGAGAGUAUCACUACUGGCGUGCCAAUGAUACUCAGACCUUUCUUUGGGGACCAGCACUUUAAAUGCGAGGGUCGUUUCCGAUGUUUGGAAAAUUGGAGUGGGUUUUGAAGGUGGUGUUAUAAAAAAAGACGAAAUAGUGAAUGCUCUGAAUGUCAUUUUAGGGAGCAAGAGAGGAAAGACAAUGAAGGAAAAGAUAAAUAAGCUCAAGUCAAUAGCAUUGCAAGCAAUAAAGCCGGGGUGGAAGCUCAACAAAAAAUUUGGAUGCUUUAAAGAAGAUGGUUGCUUCUUGCUAGCGUAAUUGAGAUUGGGUGCAAUAAUGUUGGUUUUAAUAUCUUAUUUAAAUUAUUUGUUUGAAGGACUAUUGCUUGAUGACAAUUGUGUUAUUUUCUUAUAAUUAGGAUAGCUUUACAAUCCUUGUUAUCUUAUUUGCCAAUGUUUAUUUGGUAACUCUAUGUUUAUUCUUCUUUUUAUUAUUAUUUAUGAUGUUUUGCA